UGCUCUCCAUUGUCGUUUAUUCCCUUAUUCGAGGUGACGGAUCCUCCAUCUCCGAGAAGCUUUUAUCGUCUCCUGCUCUCAAUUUCCUGUAGAACACGGAUUCCUUCAAAGUAGAAAAUGGCAGACGGUGAGGACAUUCAACCCCUUGUUUGCGACAAUGGAACAGGAAUGGUUAAGGCUGGAUUUGCUGGGGAUGAUGCCCCAAGGGCUGUGUUUCCGAGCAUUGUGGGCCGUCCUCGCCACACAGGGGUGAUGGUGGGAAUGGGUCAGAAGGAUGCAUAUGUCGGGGAUGAAGCUCAAUCCAAGCGUGGGAUCUUAACCCUAAAAUACCCGAUUGAGCACGGAAUUGUCAGCAACUGGGACGAUAUGGAGAAGAUUUGGCACCACACUUUCUACAACGAGCUCCGUGUUGCUCCCGAGGAGCAUCCCAUUCUUCUCACCGAAGCUCCUCUCAACCCAAAGGCUAACCGUGAGAAGAUGACCCAGAUCAUGUUCGAGACUUUCAAUGCCCCGGCCAUGUAUGUCGCCAUCCAGGCUGUCCUUUCCCUUUACGCCAGUGGCCGUACAACCGGUAUUGUGCUCGACUCUGGAGAUGGUGUUAGCCACACUGUCCCUAUCUACGAGGGCUAUGCGCUUCCCCAUGCCAUCCUACGUCUUGACCUUGCAGGCCGUGACCUCACUGAUGCUCUGAUGAAGAUCCUCACCGAGCGUGGUUACUCUUUCACCACCACAGCCGAGCGGGAAAUCGUCAGGGACAUAAAGGAAAAGCUCUCUUACAUUGCCCUUGACUAUGAACAAGAGCUCGAGACAGCGAAAACAAGCUCUGCCGUGGAGAAGAACUACGAGCUACCUGAUGGGCAAGUGAUCACCAUCGGAUCAGAGCGUUUCCGUUGUCCCGAGGUUCUUUUCCAGCCGUCUAUGAUCGGUAUGGAAGCUGCUGGAAUCCAUGAAACGACCUACAACUCCAUAAUGAAAUGUGAUGUCGAUAUCAGAAAGGAUUUGUAUGGUAACAUCGUUCUCAGUGGCGGAACUACCAUGUUCCCGGGGAUUGCUGACAGAAUGAGCAAAGAGAUCACUGCUUUGGCUCCGAGCAGCAUGAAGAUCAAAGUCGUUGCCCCGCCCGAGAGGAAAUACUCUGUCUGGAUUGGAGGGUCUAUCUUGGCCUCCCUCAGUACCUUCCAGCAGAUGUGGAUCGCGAAGGCAGAGUAUGACGAGUCUGGCCCGUCGAUUGUUCACCGGAAGUGCUUCUGAGCUCAAAGUUCAAACCCUUCUCAGCCGUCGGGAUUUUCUGGUUAUCCGUUACUGGUUUUAUCUUUGUUUCGAUGAUCGUUGGUUUUGUUCUCGGAUUCCGACCAAAAGACUUUUUUAAGAACGAACUUAAACCUGUUUGUAGCAUUGUUAAAAGAAAAAUUUUGUCUUGCUCCA